UAUUAUGCUCAUUCUAUAGUUAUUAUACCUUGAAUCUAGAGCAGGCAAACAUGAGCUAUCUUCUAAAAUUGCUUGGCUUGUUUGUUUUAAUGAGGCUGAGCUCCAGCCAGGCCUGUCCCUCCGAUUCUGAUCUGAAUGCAGAUGUGAUUAUCAUUGGUGCAGGAAUGGCUGGGAUUUCUGCUGCAGAGCGACUGCAAGAAGGUGGCAUAAACAAUAUACUCAUCUUGGAAGGCAGCGAAAAAAUUGGUGGAAGAGUAUGUAGUGUUGAAAUGGGUGGAGUGACAAUUUCAAAGGGGUGUGCUUGGAUUCAAGGAGUUGAUAAAACUCAGCCUGAUUUAAAUCCUCUCUGGAAAAUAGCACACAGGUACAGUGAUUUGCGAGGUUUGUACCUUGAUUAUGACUCCCUGACAAACUAUGACUCACUAGGCAAUCAACCAGACGAAGCACAAUUUCGCAAUCAGGAAUUUUAUGCAGCUUUAAAUGUAACAGAUAUAAUUGCAAAGCAGCUUAGUGAAUCUGGAGGUUGUGCCAAUGUUAAUUUUCGCAGUGGACUGAGCCAGGGCGGAUGGACACCUGAAAGCGACAUUGAUGAUUGGAUUGAGUGGUUCAACAGCGAUUAUUAUGCAGGAGAAGAACCAGAAAACUUAUCUCUUUGCUUACAUGAAAAUAAUCCGACUUACACAGCCUUUGUCUCUGGUGCUGAUCGUACAGGAAGCGAUUAUUUUGUGACUGAUCCAAAUGGUUAUGAAAGCAUUAUUGAAGGCAUGGCUAAUGACGCUAAAUUGAUGAGCAAUCAAACUCGAGUAGUUUUCAAUGCUGAAGUAACAGCAGUCGAUACAAGCCGUGGUGACUGUGUUUGUGUGACUGCAAAUUUGAAUGGAGUGACAAACUAUUGUGCCAAGUAUGCCAUAUCAACUGUGAGUGUGGGGGUGCUUCAGCAGGAAUCAAUUCAGUUCAUUCCAGAGCUACUAACACCAAAGAAAGAGGUGAUUUAACGAUUCAAAAUGAGUCACUACGUUCAUCUUAUCAUGCGAUUCACAGAAGCUUUUUGGGAUCCAACAGAGCAGAUAGGCUACAUUGCUAGCAGCAGAAGAGCUUACUACCCAAUUUUCCUAAAUUACCACUUCUAUUACCCAGAGCAACCCAACAUAUUGGUUGUACAAAUCACAGGAGCUGAGGCUGACAGAGUACUUCGUCAAGAUAAAGCAGUCACAAUUGUCGAGGUUAAAAAUAUUCUCAAUACUCUCUACCCAACCAGCAAUAUAACAAUUAACGAGUCUUAUGUAACUGACUGGCUAAACGAUCCCCUCUUCAGGGGCUCCUACAUUUACUACUCGACCGAUAUUAGACCUGGAGAUCAUGAACUCCUAGCGGCUCCAGUGAAAAACCUUUACUUCAGUGGAUCUGCAACGUCCUCUAAUUUCUCUGGUUACCUUACCGGUGCAUAUUACGCUGGAAGGGAAGCAGCAGAGAGUGUAAUCGAAAGAACUAACAAAGCAGCAAAAAUGGAGAUAAGCAUUCUUAUCGUAUUGCUUGGAGUACUCUGUGCUUUCUACUAUAACUAGUGAUGUCUAGAUAAUUAUAGCGAACUAUUAUUAGGACUGCAUCACUAAUUAAGUCUCAACGAUAUAUACAAGUAUUAGUCAUGUAUAGUAGAACUAUUACAGAUUUCUACAUUGACAUUUAGCAUGCAUGCAUCGAUCUGUGACAAACUUUGAAAACUUUAGUAUGUACAUGUCGAGUUUGUGAACAAA